CGGCUUAUCGUGCACCUCAGCCCCUAUAAGAGGCCUUCCGACCAGCGCAGAGUCCGUACUUCCUCUGCGAGCAACAUGAGGACUGCGACCGUUGUCCUCCUGUCACUGUUGGCAGCCCUUGCGGCCGCCGCGGUCGUACCGCACAGCGAGGCUGGUAAGGAACUUCUGGAAAAACAAGUGAAGCUUUUACGGCUCUUGUACCACGUACAGCAGCCAUCACUCGUUAAAGAAGAACAGGAAAUAGCGAAGUCUUACAAACCUAUUGAACACAUCGACAACUAUGAGCACAAGGAGAAGAUCGAACUUUUCUGGAAGUACUAUGUCAAUUAUGGAUUCCUGCCCAGAGGAGAAGUGUUCUCCGUCUACUACCGGAUUCACUACUACCAGGCCCGGUCAGUGUUUGAGUUAUUCUACUUCGCCAAGGACUUUGAAACGUUCUACAAGACGGCCGUCUGGGCCCGAGAGCACCUGAACGAGGCGCUGUUCGUCUACUCAUUCACUGUCGCUGUGCUCCAUCGCGAGGAUACCAAGGAUGUCACACUGCCAGCUCCCUACGAGAUCUACCCACAGCUCUUCGUCAACGCAGAGGUCAUCCAGAAGGCAUAUGACGCCCGCCUGCGAGGUCAAGUCAGCUCUGAGAAGGCUCCUUAUAUACUGCACGCCAACCACAGCGGCUACCCCGUGCCGAGCAACCCCGAGCAGUUGGUUUCCUACUUUACCGAAGACGUCGGCCUCAACUCUUUCUACGCCUACCUGAACUACAAGUACCCCUUCUGGCUGAACCCCGCCAACUACAGCCUUCCCGAGUACAAGCACCGCGGCGAUAGCUUCUUCUUUGUCCUGCAGCAGCUCCUGGCUCGCUACCACCUGGAGAGGCUGUCCAACCACUUGCCUGAAGUCAAGGCCAUCGACUACAGACACCCAGUGCUGGUCGGCUACUAUCCUGAGCUGAGGCUGCAGAACGGACUCGAGGCCCCAGCUCGCCCAGAGGGCGUCUUCCCCCGCAACGUCGACAUCCUGUACGUGGAAGAGAUCAGGAACUACGAGAGGAGGAUCCGUGACGGAAUCGACUACGGCUACCUGGCAGGCUACGAUUUCGAGAGGCACAAUGUGAGAGAGAAGGACCUCACCAACAUCCUCGGAAACAUUGUCGAGGGCAACUACGAGUCCAUCAAUUGGCAGUUCUACGGUGCAUUCUUCAGGAACCUCAUCUCCCUCUUCGGCCACAUUGUCGACCCUGUUCACCGAUACGGAGUUCCUGCUAGCGUCCUUGAACUACCAGAAACCCAGCUGAGGGACCCGCUCUUCUACAGGAUCGCAAAGCGCGUUCUUUCCAUCUUCUACCACUACAAGAACCUACUGAAGCCUUACACUCACGAGGAGCUCUUGCUGCCAGGUGUCACUGUUGAAGAUGUCGUCUUCGACAAACUCGUCACCUACUUCGACACUUUCGACUUUGAACUCAACAACGCACUGCCCCUUUCUAACCCCGAGGAGUACAAGGAGGUGAACUUCCUCGCUCGCCAGGGCCGCCUGAACCACAAACCGUUCUUCUACCACCUCAAGGUUAAGAGCGACAAGGAAGUCGACACCGUCGUCCGUGUCUUCAUUGGUCCCAAGUACGACGUCCUCGGCCGCGAACUCAGCCUGGAGGAGAGGAAGCAGCACUACGUUCUGCUGGAUAUCUUCAACCAUAAGUUGGCCGUUGGUGAGAACGACAUCAAGCGCAGCUGCAGCGACUUCCUGCUGUACGGCAAGGAGCCACCGAGGCACUCUGACCUGUUCCACACGACCGUCGCCGCCCUCAAGGGCGAGAGAAAGUUCUUCCUGGACGAGUUCCGCUCGCACUUCGGCUUCCCCAACCGCCUGGUGCUGCCCCGCGGGACUCGCAGUGGGCUGCCACUCAGCGUCUUCGCCAUCGUCACCCCCGCCGUCUCGGAGGAGAAACACCCCAUACUGGAGCGCGGCGACAACCACCCCGCCGGGUUCCCGUUCGACAGGCGCGUCGUCGAGUUCGAGCUCGACGUGCCCAACGCGCACUUCGACGAGACGUUCGUCGUGCACCGCCGCCAGGAGGACGUCGCAUCCACCGCCUGAACAUCCAAAGUUCCUCGAGCAUCUCCAUCAGACUGACCUACUUGCUCAUCGACUCUCGCUGACAUUUUUUAUACAUCUAUUUUACUUUUUCGCCAAAAAUAAAUAUCUGAAACUGAA